GGCCUCAACUACGUCGCUGCGACAAUCCUCCUAGUCCUGGACGGUCCCGCGGAGGAGAUUGAGGAGAAGACUUUCUGGCUGCUACAUGCCCUUACCCACAACAUCGUCCCCGCUUACUACAUCUCGGGGAUGGUUGAUGUCCAGGUCGACUGUCUGGUUUUUGAGGAGUUACUUCGGUAG